AUGGCGACAAUGCGUGCAGUUGUGUUCAACGGGAAAUACGACGUCAGUGUGGAGGAUCGGCCCUUGCCUCAAAUUGAGGAUUCCAGAGACAUUAUUGUCAAAGUGCAAUAUGCUGGGCUUUGUGGAACCGGGGAAUGCUUCUACUGCACUCGUGGCUUAACCUCCCGUUGCGUCAAGGUUGCAUUGAUUGGUACCACAGUCUUAGAUGGAGCCCAGGCUGAAUAUGUGCGGAUCCCCUUGGCAGAUAGUACUGCCGUCCUAGCUCCGCCAGAAAUCGAUGAGAAGCUUCUCGUUUUGAUGGCUGAUAUAUUACCUACUGGAUACUUUGCCGCCAGUAAUGGCUAUGCUUUGCUGAAAGACACGGAGAGAAAGGACGCAGUCGUGGCUGUGGUCGGCUGUGGUCCGGUUGGCCUGUGCGCCAUAGUAUCAGCUCUCCAAUUCAAACCGAGACAUCUAUUUGCCAUUGACUCUAUCCCUGACCGCCUCGAGAGAGCAAAACAACUGGGCGCUGAGCCGCUGAACUUUGCUACUGAUCUUGAAGGCCUGAAGAAGCGCGUGUUUGAAGUCACUGAAGGAAGAGGAAUCGAUGUUGCGCUUGAAAUUGUGGGCCAGAGUCAGGCGUUGAGGCUAGCGUUUGAUAUACUGCGACCUUGGGGUGUUAUCAGUAGUAUUGGUGUACAUUAUGGAGAGGUUCCGUGGACUGGAAAUGAGGCGUAUCACAAGAACUUACGAUUGCAAAUGGGCCGUUGUCCGGUUCGUGCCGUUUUCCCUCCAGCGCUUGAGGUGUUGAAAAAGACGCAACAUCUAUUGGGUUUCAUGUGUGACAAUAUCAUUUCCGUAGAAGAUGCCCAGGAGGCAUAUAGGCAAUUCGAGAAAGGCAAAAUUCAGAAGGUCAUAUUUGCUUUCGGCGAUGAUGUGCCAAAGAAAAGGUUGAAUAUCCCUUGA